AUGGCUGCUGUCUUGUUGCAGGCACAACUAUCAAUGAAGCGGAAGAGCUCACAACCCCAAUCGUGUAAAUCAAUAUCGCACUGUGUCGCUGGUCAGCUAAAUUGCACCACUGCCACUGACCAACAAUGUCACCAGUGUGAUGGAGACUAUGGGCCCAAUGGGGCAGCCUACUCAAGCGUCAAUAAUGGAAGCGAGUGCAGAAAGCAAUGUUCAUGGAGGGAUGACAGCAGCGCCUGUUACCCAGGCUCCUGCACAGACGCCAACUGCACAUGCAGCAGUGGAUUCUUGGGACCAGACUGCAUGACCUUGGGCAGCGGUCAAGCACCAGUCCUACCAGAGCACCGCGCCACCCUCGAAGGGUCGACAACACUAGAAUCCCCCGUGGUCAAUGGUAGUACGGACACCGUCUACACCAACGUACGAGACUUCGCACGCAUCAAGAUAUAUUGGGAAAGCUCCUAUCAACCUGUUGGACUUCCAAACUCUUCCGCUGGUGGACAUCCGUACAUCCAUAACGUUAGCCUGGGUGUUGUGUGGGCAAGAGUUGAAGCUUAUGUUAAUCGAAGUACAACAUUGAUAUCUUCGAUAGCCGAACAGAACUGCUCAACAACCACAGAUGGAGUGCAUUUUAGUCAAGACAGCCCGGCUGCAAUCCUAGUUGUCUGUGAGCACACAUUCAACGUGAACUACAGUAGCUGGACCCCAGUCACAGGAGAUGUACUAAGAUAUGAUGUACACUCAACCAAUGGCGGGUAUCUGAAACUCUACGACAGAGACUCUAACAAUACCAUCAUCACACGCUACUAUAAUGGACAGACAGUGUCAGGAUAUUCAACUUUCACCUUUGACUUUGAUGACCCCUACCACUGUGUGGACGUCGGCAGUGGAUGUCGAACCACCAUGCUGAAUGUGGGAAGUGACGUCACAUCACAGGCAACAAUGACGAUCACUUUGCAAGGCUGGGCCGACGAUCUAGCUGGUAUUAAAGAGUACAAUCUAGAAGUGCGACAGCUAUCGGGAAACCAUGGCAACGAGAUGACAGAAAUCUUUGACAUCCCUGCCGUUUAUUCCGGAGUUUAUUCCGGAGUUACCAACUCCAGUCAGAAUGUCACUUUACCUCGUGUUGGUGUAUCCACACGUGUAUACUCCAUCGUCCUCACCACUGUCGACAACGCUGGUAACUUCAGACUCAGCAGACGUUUUGUAUUCUUCGACGACGAUCCUGAUGAUGUGACUAUGCAGAACAACGCAUCUGUGCGAUUACUUUCAGCGACUAAAGAAACCGACUACGAGUGGUUGAUUGACCUAGACUCCAGCGGGGGGAUGACAUCAGUAGUUCUUGAUUGGACAAACAGAUUCAUCAAUAUUCAUCACCUGAAUCAAGGAUUUUUGAAACCCAUCGGGUCUUAUGUCAAUGCAACUAUUGACGAUGAUUAUGACCAGAACUUUGGCCAACGUGGUCGUGCCGCGGUUCCCAAUGCCCUCGGAGUGACGGAGUUCCGUGUUUUUUACGACAUCGACCACAGCGGUGGAAGGACCACCGUCAACGUGAGUGACGACAACUCGGACAAUUGGAGUAAUGAAGCCACAAACACACAGGCGACCUACAACCUGACCCUAGUGGACAGUGAUUCCAUUCGGUUCUGGGUAGAGGCCAGGGACAUUGCUGGCCACUUUGUGAGGGACAGUGUGUUAGUUCACGCUGAUUCAUCCCCUCCGACGAUUCAAGAUUUCAAGCUCAUACCUGGUUUGUCGGGUAUAAGCGUGGAGUGUACGACUUUUGAUGAACACAGCGGUGCAAACACUGUCAAAUGGCGACUCUUUCACGUCGAUAACGGCACCGAGAUGGAACACGUCAGUGAAACAACUCCAGUUGAACAUAUUGAUCCUGAGGGCUGCAAUCCUGCAACCUGCCUUUGUGUCCCGAUUGGUGACUGCUACUCCACAAACUACAAACCUUCGUUCGUCGUUGACGACCGUGCCUUUGAGUACUACAUCACACUGACGGUCACCAACCACGCUGGACUUGCAACUUCCGCGACAUUUAAAACUGAAUGGAGAGUGACUCCAGACAAUGUGGACCAAACAGCCGAAUCUCUGGCCAAACAAACCAACGACACUUCCUCCAUCAGUGCCGAUGAUGUAGCUACCGCGGCCGACCUGUUGGACAGCAUUGCCAACGCCCAAGACACAUCCCCAGAUGUGACAGCGAAUGUCAUCAAGAUCGUGAACAACCUUCUGCAAGUAGACACUGGGGAACUAUAUAAGACAACGAAUACGUCACGCAUUGUCCGGGCUCUGGAGAAGCAGAUUGCAAACGUUCUCGCCGCGGGGAAGAACGUCAGUGAGGUGACGAGCAGCGUCGCGGUCAUUGCGAUGAACCUGGAUCCCAGUUUGGUUGUGGAAGGGCUGCAGUUUGUAGCUCUGUCUGACAGGGGAGAGACUACAUCUCUUUUGGAUGAUAACUUUGAGGUUUACUACGGCACCAACAGCACGGACGUCCCUUUAGAGAAAGUUGAAGCUUCAGUCAAAAUACCAGACGUCGUACUGAAUCAGCUUCCACCAGACCACCCAGUUCAGGUCAGUUUUGUCCUGUAUGACAGCAGCAAUCUCUUCCGAUCCCAACGCAUUGAGGACAGUCAGUCUACGGAAAAUCCUCAGACUAUCGGUUGUCUAAUCAUCUCUGCCAGUCUGCUGAAUGUCAGCAUCACCGAUCUCCCUCAAGAAAGACCUGUUGUAAUCACCUUCAAUCUACACCAAGCGUUCCGCCAAAAUGGCCACUCCCAUCAAACGGAGACCUGCAUCUUCUGGGAUUUCAGUCUUCGUGACGGCAUCGGUGAUUGGUCAACAGAAGGCUGCAGGAAAGGCCAGCCGACCAAUGGGAGAAUAGUUUGCCUGUGUGACCACGCCACCAAUUUUGCCGUACUUGUGACAAGUCCCAUGAACACCGUGGACGAAGAUGCAGAAGAUCUUGUAUCGCAAUCCAACGAUUCGUCCUCAAUUGACGCCGGCGCCUUCGAUCAAAUAGCAGACCAGCUUGAUGACAUUGUCAACUCUCAAGAUACGUCCCCGGAAGUCACGGCAAAUGUCAUCAAAGUCGUGAACAACCUCCUACAAGUGGAUACCCGAGAAUUCAACGAUUCGGAAAGCGCGGCCAACUCUUCGUCCCGGAUUGUCCGCGCCCUGGAGAGGCAGGUGUGGAAUGUCCUGGCGGCGGGGAAAAACAUCAGCGCGGUCACAACCAGCGUGGCAGUCGUUGCGAGUCACUUCAACGCUGGUGCUCUACUCAACGGGGUAGUGUUCGCUGGUCUUUCUGGAGGCGGUGGAAGCGAGUCACUGGCUGAUGAGGAUAUAGGUGUCUUCCAUGGUUCUGACGGGGACAUCCCCUUGGUUAAAGUAGAAGUAUCCAUCAAACUUCCCGAGGAAAUACUGAAACUAUUUCCCACAGGCAGUGCUGUACCCAUCAGCUUCGUCAUGUAUGAGAACAGUAAUCUCUUCCACUCCCAGCAAGUGGACAACGCCUCGUCAACGGAGUUCCCCACCGCCAUCGCCAGUCGUAUCAUCUCUGCCAGUGUACCAAAUGUCAGCAUCAGUGAUCUCCCAUAUGACAGUCCCGUUUACAUUGUAAUUGAAUUUCCAAUACCGCAGGUGAUGAGUCCAAUGGAGAACACCGAACAGACGGAGACCUGCGUCUUCUGGGAUUUCAUUCUUCGUGACGGCAUCGGUGAUUGGUCACCUGAAGGUUGCAGGACAGACCAACUGACCAAUGGGAGAAUAGUUUGCCUGUGUGACCACGCGACCAAUUUUGCCGUACUUGUGAAUAUCCAUGGCAAAAAGUUCACCAGUUUGGCUUUGGAUAUUAUCAGCAAAGCUGGAUGUAUUGUCUCCAUCGUGGCUCUAGUCAUCACCAUUGCCAUAUACUCAUCAUUAAGGUCGUUGAGAUCGAAGACUCCCAGCCGCAUCCUCAUUAGCUUCUCACUGUCUCUGCUGUGUCUCUACCUGGUCUUCGUGGCAGGCAUCGAGCAGACAUCCUCCCGCGUGGGUUGCAUCGUGGUAGCCGUCUUGAUGCACUACUUCACGCUGACGUCCGUGGCCUGGAUGGGCGUGGAGGCCGCGAGCAUGUACCUGAAGCUGGUCAGGGUUUUCAAUUCCGACGUGGAGCACUUCAUGAUCAAGGCGUCUGUCGUUGCUUGGGGUCUUCCAUCGCUCGUCAUUGAUGUGAUACUGGCAGUAGAUUAUACAGUGUAUGACAAUGAAUACAGUUGCUUCUUGAAGCCCGGAGCUGCUUUCUUUUUCGGUCAGCUGCUUAUCAUAGGACUGGUCUUCCUUUUUAACGCCGUUAUCUUCGUGCUGAUCUCGCGCAAGUUCCUGUGCAGAGACAAGACACUCCAGAGCACCGCCAACACGAGCAAGAAGAAGCAAGGCACGACCAUGAAGCGCCUGCAGAACAUUGCCGCCGUCUCGUUACUGCUUGGCAUGACUUGGGUCUUCGGUCUGCUGUCCAUCUUCGAGGCUUCCAGCUUCGCCUUCCAGGUCAUCUUUGCCGUCUGCAACUCCCUCCAGGGCCUGUUCAUCUUCCUUCUGUUUGUCGUGCGCCAGGAGAAGAUCCGCGCGUCUGUGAUGGCCCGCCUGCGAGGACGAAACCGGGUCGAUGCCAACGCGACCACCGCUGCCUCAGUCAGCAAGGUCAUCAGCAACCCUGAAGAAGAUAAAGAGCCAGGUUCAAAUGAACUCACUGACGACAGCAUACUCUCAGAAAAAUACGAAAAGGAUAACGGUGCUCCCAACAGCCCCGAAACAGCCGAGACUACAUAUCUUUAAUCCAUUACCUUUCCAAAGCUUUAUGGUUUGA